AGGUAAACUAAAGGUAAGGCACCAGGUGUGUCGUCGACAUGAAUGGGAGGUUCUCUUAAAAAACUCUCUACAAAUGGAGGCCUGGGUCUCUUCAGGAAAAACUCAAGAAUCGUCAUGCUGGGCCUAGAUGCUGCUGGUAAAACAACCAUACUCUACAAACUGAAACUAGAUGAAACUGUCAGCACCAUUCCAACUAUCGGAUUCAAUGUGGAGACGGUCAAACAUUCCAAAAGUGUCAGUUUCACUGUCUGGGACAUUGGGGGACAACAAAAACUGCGUCCCCUUUGGAAACACUACCUCAAAGGUACUGACGGGCUCAUCUUCGUGGUGGACUGCUGGGACUUUACUCGCGUUGACGAAGUACGAGAAGAACUGUCAAACUUGUUGGCAUUACCAGAGAUGCAGGACGUGCCCAUAAUGAUAUUCGGUAACAAACAGGACAUGCGGGGAGCUGUUAACCCACCUCAACUAAUUGAGCAGCUGCACAUGAACAGAUACAAUAACCACAGCUGGUAUGUGCAGGGUACGUGUGCGGUUACCGGGGAGGGCAUCUGGGAGGGAAUUGAGAUUAUUGCUGAGAUGAUUAAGGAUCAUAAGAGAGAUAAGAGGAGGAAAAAGAAGAAGUGACGUAUAGUUAUGUUUAGUUCAUUUAUCAGUCGUCAAUUUUUUAAAAAAAUAGGUUUUGCAGAGAUUGGGUGUUCACUGCAGGCUAGUGAUUUGAAUUUAUACUAUAAGUUUGUAAAAAAUUUUGAAUUAGCAAAUCGUGCGUUUAUACCAAUUUUGAUUAUUAGUACAUUUCUUUGAUACUGUGCAAUAACCGUUGAAAACAAAGAAUCGGGAUUGAUUUACGUUUUUACCGCUUGAAAAGUAUUAUUGAGGGUUUAUUAAUUUUAUCAUGAUGUGACGUGUUUUUGCCUAAUAAGACUGUGGUGUAUGGAUAACUCCGAGUUUGUCGUUUAAACUAAUUACCUAAUUAGUAACUAAUUACCUAAUCAGUAACUAAUUACCUAAUUAGUUACUAAUUACCUGCUGUGUACCUCAAAACAUGAUCCACUGAACUGUUUCCUUACAACAACAGUAGUUCCAAGUCAAACUACUGUGUUAAACUUCUCAACGUAUUAUGUCCAUAAUGACACAGCAUAUAUUAUUAUUUUAUUUGAAAUAAAGGCUAAACUUAACGAUAACAUCCAUUCGAAGCACGUGCUGAACAUAAAAGCAGAUAAGACAGUCACAACUUUACUAAUCAUGACAUUCCAAGCGUUAAACAUUGAUCCGUUGAGCUAUUUUUAGCAUUAUUUUGGUAAAUAUUUGAGGAAAAGAUAUUGAUGUUUUGUAAAUACUAAGCUUUGUUUGUACGAUUUAAAUUAAGUACCCCUAAUUAAUUAAUUAAUUAAUUAAGUACCCCUCUAAACUAUGCACAUUAUUACCCUCGUUAUAAAUUAUGAGAAAUUUCUUAAAAUUUCUAAAUGUCGUCAUGCCAAUACCUAUACCCUUCGCAUUAUUAUCCUAGACUAAUAGAUGAUUAAUAACUCUCUUAACGAUACAUUAUUUUCUAAGCUAUGGGUUAAAGUGAUGUAAUUUGUCCUUUAUUGUGUGAUAGUUAUUUAUUGGAAAUUCGAUUACUGCAAAAUUGGUUUUUACAAAGUUUAUAUUAUAGCACAAUGUAAAAUUGUUACAAUGACAGAUAUGAAGCUUCGGCAUAAGUUUUUGUUUUGCCUCAUUCUACAUAUUAUCGUUUUUAUUCAGACAAACGCGA